AGGUGAAAGAAGAAAGAAAGAAAGAAAGAAAGAAAGAAAGAAAUAGAAAAUAGAAAUCAAGAAACAAAACUAAUGGAAUUUAUCGUAAAUCGUCGAGAUGAUGGAAAAAGUAUUCGAACUGAAUAAUGGAGCUCAUGAAGUGACCAUAAAAGAAGGACACUCCGUAAACGUGUGACUCGUGUAAGGAAAACUAGUCAAGAAAAAUUAAGAUGUACCCCGCGCCGGCGAGACACCCAGCCGCUCCCGGCGGCGGAGGAAGCGGCGGGGCUGCGGGAGGGCUGAAAUUCACGGUGGCCGACACUUGUGAAAGGAUCAAAGAGGAAUUCAAUUUCAUCCAGCAACAGUACCAUUCGUUAAAACUCGAAUGCGAAAAGCUGGCCAAUGAAAAGACCGAAAUGCAGAGGCAUUAUGUCAUGGUAAGACACUUUUAUUACGAGAUGUCGUAUGGCCUCAACGUGGAGAUGCACAAACAGACGGAGAUAGCAAAGAGGUUGAACGCGAUAAUCGUCCAAUUACUGCCAUUUUUGGCACAAGAGCAUGGCUUACAGCAUCAGCAGCAGGUGGCCAAUGCUGUAGAAAGGGCGAAACAAGUUACCAUGUCCGAGCUGAACGCCAUCAUAGGGAAUAACAACCAAAUGUAUCUUAUGCAACAGCAACAACAACAGCAAGGACUACAACAAUUGUUGCAACAAAUACACGCGCAACAAUUGCCACACGGUGCUGUGGUCGGUGGAUUACCACCAGGUGGAUUGUUGGGUUUUGCCGGUGCAGCAGCCGCAGCAGCAGCGGCAGGAGUCCCACCUCACCUGGCCCCACCAGCCCAUCCCGCUGCCGCGGCCGCAGCGGUUCAGGCCCAAGCUCAGGCCCUUUUAAAACCUGCCGAUUUGCAACAACAUAGGGCGGCUGCGGAAACGCCCGAAGAUAGAAAACCAAUUGCACUUACCGACGAGAGACUACGACAAUCUGUUUCACCACCUGAAAAGUUUCGUGCACGUACGCCUGACCUUGAAAGUGAUCCCAAAAGGCGGAAGGAAGAAAAACUCGGUCAUGAUAGCGACGGGGAGAAAAGUGAUCAAGACUUGGUCGUUGACGUAGCGAACGAGGAAGGAUCAUCACCACAUGCGAAUGGGGAACAUUCGGAUCCACGAGAAAAUGGUACCCUGGAAAAGCAUGGUGCACCUGGCCAUAUUGGAGGACCAGCAUCGGGAGUAGGUUCAACGUCAGUCAAGGACAGACCACCUUCUCGAAGCGGAAGUUCUUCCGCUCGUAGUACGCCGUCUCUGAAAAGUAAAGAUGUCGACAAACCGGGUACACCUGUGGCGGCGGCGAGGGGCUCGCGCAGUUGUACGCCAACUAUGGGCGGCAUCCCUGGGCCCUUGGCAUCGCGGGUCUAUCAUCCGCCAUCGUCGCAGCAAACGCCACCACAGGGUUAUCAGGGCUUGCCAUCCCGCGGCAAUGAGCCGUCGCAGUCGCCCUCGCCCUACAACAACUUGCCCUACGCCAGACCAUCCAUGGUGACUUUCGAUCCCAUCAAUCUCCUCGGUUUCGACGGUCACGUGAGGAUACCCUCGAGUAACGGAUUGAACAGCAUUCCGGGUGGCAAACCAGCAUAUUCCUUCCAUAUGAACGGCGAGGGCCAACUGCAACCAGUAUCUUUCCCCGCGGAGGCACUAACUGGACCAGGUAUACCUCGUCACGCGCGUCAAAUUAACACAUUGACUCACGGUGAGGUCGUAUGCGCGGUCACGAUAUCCAAUCCAACAAAAUACGUUUACACCGGUGGGAAAGGGUGCGUCAAAGUCUGGGACAUUGGUCAAGGUAGCAACAUUAGCGCUAAACCUGUCUCGCAAUUGGAUUGUUUGCAACGCGACAAUUACAUCAGGUCGGUUAAAUUAUUGCCAGACGGUAGAACGUUGAUAGUAGGCGGUGAGGCAAGUCAACUGAGCAUCUGGGACCUGGCCAGCCCAACGCCAAGGAUCAAGGCCGAGUUGACCUCCUCAGCGCCAGCCUGUUACGCAUUGGCCAUCUCCCCAGACUCCAAAGUCUGUUUCAGUUGUUGUAGCGACGGUAAUAUCGCGGUAUGGGAUCUUCAGAAUCAAACGUUGGUCAGACAAUUUCAAGGACACACGGACGGGGCUUCUUGCAUAGACAUAUCGGCAGACGGCUCGAAACUUUGGACCGGGGGACUUGACAAUACCGUAAGAUCAUGGGAUCUUAGGGAAGGAAGACAAUUACAACAACACGAUUUUACAUCUCAAAUAUUUUCAUUGGGUUAUUGUCCAACCGGUGAAUGGUUAGCGGUCGGCAUGGAAAAUUCAAACGUCGAGGUUCUUAAUGCAACAAAGUUGGAUAAAUAUCAAUUACAUCUUCACGAGUCUUGCGUACUUUCGUUACGUUUUGCAUCGUGUGGCAAGUGGUUUGUUUCCACUGGCAAGGACAACUUACUCAACGCAUGGCGUACACCUUAUGGGGCAUCGAUAUUUCAAUCGAAAGAAUCCUCGUCUGUGCUGAGCUGCGACAUUUCUGCCGACGACAAAUACAUUGUGACUGGAUCCGGCGACAAGAAGGCCACUGUCUACGAAGUGAUUUACUUCUAAGAAAACUUAUGUCUGCCGGGCAAGAUAGAAGAAUCCCCUAAAACAUUUUGUUCACCCGUUCGUUACCACUCGAACUACACCGGGGUAUCAUCCACUGUCCCCCCCUUUUUUAGUUGACUUCUUGACUUCUUCUUUCCUUUUUUCUUUUUUAUCAACAACAACAACAAGAACAUCAACCUUUUCAUCUUUCUCACCUUUUCCAUCACCUUAACCUGUUCUUCUACUUCUUCUUCUACUUCUUCUUCUUCUAUUUGUAUUCUUUCUCUAAUCGAAAGCAAGGAAGGAAAA